GUUGGGUGCGGCGACCUGGUUUUCUCUGAUAAUCCGCCGGAGAUGGCCAAGUUCGCUUUGGGAUCGGAACCCGUGGUGGGCUCCCUCUCGUCCUCCAAGAAGAGAGAGUACAGAGUCACCAACCGUCUCCAAGAGGGCAAGAAACCCAUAUACGCCGUCGUUUUCAACUUCAUCGACUCUCGCUACUUCAACGUCUUCGCCACCGUCGGCGGCAACCGGGUGACUGUGUAUGAAUGUUUAGAAGGGGGAGUGAUAGCUGUGUUGCAGUCUUACAUUGAUGAAGAUAAGGAUGAGUCUUUCUACACUGUUAGUUGGGCUUGCAAUGUUGACGGGACCCCGUUGCUUGUGGCCGGAGGGUUCAAUGGUACGAUGCGUGUCAUUGAUUGCGGGAGUGAGAAGAUAGAUAAGAGUUUUGUUGGCCAUGGUGACUCGAUAAAUGAAAUCAGGACUCAACCGUUGAAGUCAUCACUUGUAGUGUCAGCAAGCAAAGAUGAGUCAGUUCGACUGUGGAAUGUUCAUACUGGAAUAUGUAUUUUGAUAUUCGCUGGAGCAGGCGGUCAUCGAAAUGAAGUUUUGAGUGUGGACUUUCAUCCAUCUGACAUUUAUCGAAUUGCAAGUUGUGGCAUGGACAACACAGUUAAGAUAUGGUCGAUGAAAGAGUUUUGGACAUAUGUAGAGAAAUCUUUCACAUGGACAGAUCUUCCAUCGAAAUUCCCUACAAAAUACGUACAAUUUCCUGUUUUCCUAGCCUCCAUUCAUACAAACUAUGUUGACUGUAAUAGGUGGCUUGGAGAUUUUAUGCUCUCAAAGAGUGUUGACAGUGAAAUUGUGCUGUGGGAACCAAAAAUGAAAGAGCAGUCUCCUGGCGAGGGCACCGUUGACAUCCUUCAAAAGUACCCUGUUCCAGGGUGUGAUAUUUGGUUCAUCAAGUUCUCCUGUGAUUUUCAUUAUAAUGCAGCUGCUAUAGGGAAUAGAGAAGGAAAGAUAUUCAUAUGGGAACUACAAUCCAGCCCCCCAGUCCUUGUUGCAAAGUUGUCUCAUCCUCAAUCAAAAUCUCCAAUUAGACAAACUGCCAUGUCCUUUGAUGGAAGCACCAUUCUCAGCUGCUGUGAGGAUGGGACUAUUUGGCGUUGGGAUGUCAUGGAAAAUUCUUGAACCUAUCCCAUCCAUGGGGAUGAAUUGAUUAAAGGGCUUAGCUGAGUUCAAUUAGGUCAGCUUUUUUUUCAUUUGUGCUUUGUACUAAUGUAUUUGGUGUUGAUCAGAAUAGAUCCAAAUGAGCAAUAUGAAAUACAGAUGGAUAUGUAGAGUAGAGUUAAAACAGACUUUGUGAACCCUUUUGAGCCUAGUUAUGUUAUGUUAAAUUGUUCAUAGCAACUCUAGUUCAGAGUUGACAAUGGAAGUAUACCAUAAGUUUGUCAU